UGAUUGGUUGUGGAGGUGACGUGACCUCAUUAUCACGCGACCAGCAACAUUUUUUUUUUUUUACAUUCUAUGGUUGGGAACCUAUUUUUCAUCCGACAGUAAGACUUGAAAUUAGUCCUCAUGGCAACAGAGGGUGCAGAAACGACGAGUGAAGAUGUUCCGGUACCUGGGAAGGCCAGCACCAGGUUUGACCUGGAGAAGGAGACUGAACUUAGGUUUGAGGUGGAGGCAGGGGAGGCAGCAGAGCAGGUUGAUCUGGAGCUCCUCACAGGAAUGGCUGAGGUGUUUGGCUCAGAGCUGAACCGCAACAAAAAGUACACAUUUGGACCAGGCUCCAAGAUCGCAGUUUUCACCUGGCAAGGCUGCAGUGUGAAUCUUUAUGGGAAGCCAGAGGUGGCUUAUGUGUCCAAGGAUACUCCCAUGCUGCUCUACCUGAACACACAUGCUGCCCUGGAACAGAUGAGAAAACAAGCAGAGCGGGACAAUGAGAGGGGGCCGAGGGUGAUGGUGGUGGGACCUACAGAUGUGGGGAAAUCAACAGUGUGCCGGCUACUAUUAAGCUAUGCUGUAAGGGUGGGCCGGAGGCCAACACUGGUGGAACUGGAUGUUGGACAGAGUGGGGUGUCUGUACCUGGGACAGUGUCGGCACUGUGCAUUGAGCGCCCGGCAGACGUGGAGGAGGGUUUUUCAGUCCAGGCUCCUUUGGUCUACCACUUUGGCUCUACUACUCCAGGGACCAAUAUCAAACUUUACAAUAAGCUGACGUCAUGCCUGGCCGAUGUGUUUUCCCAGCGCUGUGAGGUGAACAGAAAGGCUAGCGUGGGAGGCUGUAUCAUCAACACCUGCGGCUGGGUGAAGGGCUCUGGAUACCAGGCUCUGGUCCACUGUGCCUCUGCCUUCGAGGUGGAUGUGGUGCUGGUGCUGGACCAUGAGAGGCUCUACAAUGAACUCAAACGAGACCUCCCUCACUUUGUACGGGUUGUGCUCCUACCCAAGUCCGGAGGGGUGGUAGAGCGCUCCAAGGAGUGCAGGCGGGAUACUCGUGAUGAGAAGAUCCGCGAGUAUUUCUAUGGCUUUCGUGGCGUGACCUUCUAUCCAUUUUCCUAUGAGGUGCGUUUCUCAGAUGUCCGCAUCUACAAGAUCGGAGCACCAUCCAUCCCAGAUUCGUGCUUGCCACUGGGAAUGUCUCAGGAUGACACACAGCUAAAGCUGGUGCCUGUGACACCAGGCAGAGACCUCACGUAUCAUGUGCUGAGUGUGAGCAGUGCUGAGGACGGAGAGGAAGGUGCUAGAAAGGGUAUAGUAGAAAGCCCCGUGUGUGGCUUUAUUGUGGUGACUAAUGUGGACACCCAAGCACAGGUAAUGAAAGUGCUGUCCCCAGCACCCAGACCACUGCCCAGACACACUCUACUUAUCAUGGACAUCCGCUUCAUGGACAUGAAAUGAAUUAACAUUUCAGGGAAGAGGACUCUGUUGCAAAAGAAGUGGGGAUCAUGUUUGGGAGUUUUGUUAAGAAUAAUUUUGUUUCCUAAUUGUUUCUUUGUACCUUUAUAGGGACUACAGAUGGCAAAAGAGAAAAAGAUUUAAGUAUGGAAUUUGGUAGCUUCUGUAAAUUUAAACCCCAUUUUAUAGACCACACUGUACAGAUGUUUGGAUGUUUUUAUCAGUCCAGGAAUUAUAUUCUUGAUAAAUCUGUUUUAUGAGCAUUGUUUUUCUCAUGAGUAAUACAUGUUUUAAAUUUACAAAGUUUGAUUUGUGUCAAUUAUAUUAAGUUCCAUUUCAAAGUUUUAUUGUCAUAUGCACAGUAAGGAAACAAGUUUCCCUGUACAAUGCAAUUCUUCCUUUGCUGUCCACAGAAUGCCAAACAACACAAAAUCUACAAUAUAUACUACAAAUAUACAAAAUAAAACAAUUUUAAAAAGGCAGCAUGUGAAAAAUAAAGCAACAAUAAUAAUUCCAUGGUCACAUAUUUUCCUAUCCUACAUAUGUACUGUAUAUCAGUUCACAUUUAUUUGCUUAUGUCCAGUACCUAAGGCAUUGGUUAUGAAAACAUUUGUGUGUCUCUACUUAAUUACAACUUAAUCAA